UGUUUUGCAUAAAAUGUGUGUCAGUAGGACAGCGCGUUCCACGGCACAUGCAGAGGGCACAUGCAGCGUGGCUUUACCAGCGUAUAGCACGGUCGAAUAAGCGCAUCCGGCUCAGCUCGGUGCUUACAAAGCCGCCACUGAAAAUGCACGCCAGGAUAAAGGGGAAAGGGAAACCAAGGAGAUCACAGGGCACGUCAGUGUGAGAUAAAUCCCGGUCAAAGAGAACGGAAGUUGACAGCUUCCCUAAAUCCAGUCACAUUUGCCAGUCACCUGAAAACGUGAUUGAUGUGGGUGGGUGUGCAUGGCUAGUAGGAGUGUAAGUGGAGUUUGACAGCCCCAAAGAGAUGCUGAUGGCAAUGCACAGGCUCGUACUCCAUACUUCACCAGCAUACCUAAUGCGUCUUUCACACUAGAGCAGACAGAAUACAGGUAGCUCCGCACUGAAGGUGCAUCUUCACUGACGGUUCGCGAGUGUAUUUUUAUUUUUCUGUUUGGCUCGACUGCCAAAUGCUCUGUUCGAGAGACAUUCCCUGCCUUCUUUGGGCUACACGUUGUAUGCACCGGUAUUUCUCGACCUUUUCAUCUGUUUUCAGCCGACUUUUGCUUCAACAUAUUGACACACUGAGACUUUCUUAAAGGCAUUCAUUUUGAAGUCAGAGGUUCUUACAAAACACAUCAAGAAUGGAUAACAGUCCUGGGAGUGUGAUACUUUACGCUGGUUCCAAUGGCAGUGCUAGUCCCAGCCCAGGGAGCCCCUCCAGUGGCUAUCAAACCCAGUCUCCAUCCUCCCACUCCCAGCCCUCCUCCCCAGAGGAGGUCACCUUCACUGAGAUUGGGGCGCUUAAGCAGCAGGGAGGCGGAGAAACACCAUCAUCUCCAAAACUGGUCUUUCAGUUCCCUGAAGUAUACAACAACUCCACAGCAGGUUCAAACCAGCACAGCUACUCCCAUCCCAUUGCUGGUAAAAGACCUUGUGGAUUCACUGGGACAUUUACUAAAACUGGAGGCAUGGUGCUCCUUUGUAAAGUAUGUGGCGAUAUUGCAUCUGGUCUCCACUAUGGUGUCCAUGCAUGUGAAGGCUGCAAGGGAUUCUUCCGGCGUAGCAUUCAGCAGAGCAUCAACUACAAGAUGUGCGUAAAGAAUGAGAAAUGUCUGAUCAUGCGCAUGAACCGCAACCGUUGCCAACACUGCCGUUUCAAGAAAUGCAUGUCUGUUGGCAUGUCCCGUGACGCUGUGCGCUUUGGACGCAUCCCUAAACGAGAGAAGCAGCGGUUGUUGGAUGAGAUGCAAAGCUACAUGAACAGCUUCAACGAAUUGUCCACCAUGGGCAUGGAAACCUCCCCACAACACGAAGCACCUCCCAGCCCCAGUGAGAGCCAAUCCAAAGAGGCCAUUGGUGCCUUAACCCAUGCCUACCAGGACAUCUUCACAAACACACAGGACAACCAGAACAAGAGAGCAGUCCACAUCAACACCAGCAAUGGAUCAUGCACUUUUCAAAACAACCCUUCUCAGGACUCCACCUACAAUCAUGCUAACCCACUUGUGGGAUAUCACUCGGCUUCCCAUGAAAGCUUCUCAGCUCCACCUCGCUGCCCAGUUGCUUCCAGUGACAGCAAAUGCCCCGUCUCAUUGAUGGACAACAAUCGGUACAGCUAUGCUCCUUCGUUCAGCCAAAAUCACUCCCAAUCUAGUGUUAGCCCGUCCCCACAGCCUUCUCAGGCCAAGUACAACAGCUACCCAGUUGGGGAGUCCCAAAGCCAGACCUCAUGUCCAUUGAAUUUGGCCGCCGGCUCCAAAGUGCUGGCCUGUCCAUUGAAUGCAUGCCCUGUGUCAGCACCUGGUGUCUCGAGUCAGCAGGUGUGGGAAUCUUUCUCGCAGUGCUUCACCCCAGCUGUGCGUGAAGUGGUUGAGUUUGCGAAGGGCAUUCCAGGUUUCCAGGAGCUCUGCCAGCAUGAUCAAGUCAUGUUGCUUAAAGCAGGCACUUUCCAGGUGCUUAUGGUAAGGUUUUGUUCACUUUUCAACCCAAAGGAAAGAACUGUGACUUUCCUAAAUGGUCAGACAUACCCACUGGCAACCCUUAGAGGACUGGGCAUGGGCUCCUUGCUGGAUGCCAUGUUUGAAUUCAGCUCAAAGCUUUGCUCUCUGGGCCUGGAGUCAGAUGAGAUGGCACUUUUUAUGGCUGUGGUGCUGGUUUCUGCAGAUUGCUCUGGCAUUUCGGAUACAGUGGCUGUUGAACAGUUACAGGAGGGCCUCAUCCGGGCGUUGCGCACCUUAAUGACCCGUCGCCGACCCGAUGACAGCUCUCUCUUUCCCAAACUGCUCCUGCGCCUGCCAGACCUGCGCACCCUCAACAAUCUUCACUCCGAUAAGCUGCUGGCCUUCCGAAUCGACCCCUGAGCUAUCCUGAUUGGAUGUGCAGCUGCCACUCAACCAAAAGCCAUGACUGGCCAAUCAGAGAAGAUUUUCCCUGAUUAAGGGGAAGAAUGCACAUUUAGAUGGAGAGGCGUUGAGCAUGUUCCCAUAGGAACCAUUGAUUAUGUUAUGUGAUUAUCAAAACAGAGCACAAUGGACAGAUGGCUGUCUCGACAAGCCGAAAACAAGACUAAAUCUCCAUUUAAAGCUUUUUCUCAUCGUAUUCAUACAUGCAUUGCCCAUUAACCCUCUGCCCAUCUGUGCAACUCUUCUUAAGAGCAUUGUUUAUAUUUGUGUCAUAUAAUCAUAAAUAAGCUCUCCGCAGAACUUUUAAAGACCAAAAAUGGGUCAUUCCUCAAUACAACCUGCAAACUCUGUAGACUAAAGAGUCUUUAGUCAGCAAGUACACAAUGUAUACAGUAAAAGAAUUACUUUAGGGACCAUUUUUAAGCCAAUUGUGUGUGUAUAUGUGCCUGUGUGUUUGAGAAAGGGACGGAAACACCAUGUACAUAAGCCAUAGAUAUCACUAAUACAGUUAUGUCACAUUAAAACGUCAGUUUCAAACAUUAAACAAUACAUGUAUCAUCUGUGAUAGUGUGUUACAUAUGAUUUCACAACAUUACUGUAUCUACAAGUACUCUAAUGACCAGUAAUGUUCUUUGAAAAUGAUUAAAGAAACUGAUUUUAAAUGCCAUUUCACUUUUGAAAUUUGAUGAUACAAGUGUCAUUUAUUCAUUUGCAUUUUUUAUAACAGUAUGUCAAGGAUUUUACCUGUUCUCCUAUUUGAAUAUAUAUCUGGAUCUAGGGAUACAAAACCAGCAGACAUUCUCUCCUACGCAUGUUAUGUUUUGUUGUUUUUUUCUUCUUCUGCUGUUUUCAUACUGUAAAUAUUGCACAGUUGCAGGUUUGUCUGAUUAAACUGCCCAGUUGCACCAGAAGGUGCUCAGAUCAGAGGAACAGGAUAUGCAGUCGUGUUUUUGUAAUGUUGUGUGUUUGACUUGAGAUGGGGCGUUUGGUGCCUUGUAAAGCAAAGAACUUCAUUUGCGUAUUUUGGGAAGGAGCUCCUGAUCCUCUGACACCAGCAUAGUCCCUUCACUGAUAUCACAGAGCACGUGAAGAAAACAUUUUGGACUAUUGUGUCCAUGUGGUUGAUUUGAUUGGUUGAGUUGGUUGUUAUUAUGAUUAAAAUAUUGUUAUUCAAUGAUAUUGUAAUGUAUAUUUUGUAAAUUGUUUUCUUCAGUAGAACCAAUAUAAAUAUGAUUAUAUAUUC